CACACGCUGCUCUCUUUCGCUGCGUAGCUGGUCCUUGUGUGUCGAUUUUCAUUUUCGACCACUUUUUUGUUUGAAUUUCUUUUAAUCGAAUCCCCGUGCAGAUUCCUGGUUUGGAUGCGGCCUUGAUUGAGCCUCUUCCAACCCUUGACAUCACUGUCACCUCCCUACAAAAAAUCCUCUCUGCGCGUACGACGUGGACACCACCUGUCUAAUGACAUCGAACCCUCCUCAGUCGGGCGUUCAACAAGGACAGAGCACCGCUACCACCUCCCCUUCGCCCGCCGCUUCCUCCCCCCUGGCCGCGACUGCCCCGGCGCCGUCCAGGUCUUACGCCAACGCCACGAAGAAGUCCGCGACGGACUCAUCCGCCGCUCCCGUCACCGUGGGUGGCUCGGCGCAACAUGGGAAGUCGACUUCCGUGUCUCCUGUGAACGGCAAACCCAUGCAAAACCAGCAGCCCCAGCAGGCUGCCUCCGCAGCUUCGGGUGUCACCAUCGUCAAUGGCGCCCCGACUGCUCCUGCUGCAUCCCAGGGCGACCACUCCCGGAAGCCCUCCGUCACCAUCACUUCGGCCGGUACCUCGGGCUACAUCCCCAACGGUGGCCCCGCCAGCCGUCCCAAUAGCCUUCAGUUCGGCUUCGCCAACCAACAGAGCUCGCCCAACAUGGGCAACCCGGCGCUUGCAUCCAGCCAGUCGCAGUCCGGCCUGGGUGCUCCGUCUGCGAACCCGCGUGUGACUUCGCCUCAAACCUCUCCCUCUCCGAUCCCACAACCCGCCUCGAGCGGCGGCCGCCCACCACCGUCGACCUAUCAGGCAGGCAACGUGCCCAAUUUCGGUAGCUUUGGAGAGGCCGGUGAUAACAACAUGCGCCCAACUCCACAGGCUCCUCUCGGUCCCGGUCCUCAGCACCUCCGUCGCGAAUCCUCCCAGUCGACCCACAGCGACAUGAGCAACCACAUGGGUUCUGGCCCCGGACGUGGUGGCUACCCUCACCAGGGCGGCCGUGGCCGCGGAUACUCUCAGUCUAACUACCAGGGACAGCCCUACUCGCCCGGCCCCAGCUUCCGACCGGCUCCCAACCAGCCUCGCGGUGGUCCUAACAUGGGUCCUCAAUUCCACCCGAACCAGGGCCGCCCGAUGCCUUUCCCGAACUCGCCGCAUCAGGCGAACCGCAGCCCGGCGCUCUCCAACGUCAACCCUACCACUCCUCAGAUGAACCCAGUGCCCAUGGCCCAUCCGCAUAUGCCACCCCAGGGCUAUGGCUAUAACCAACCCAUGGGUCCCCAAAUUGUGAGCCAUCAACCCUUUCGUACCCUGAAUAUGAAACACGCCCGGCGUGGCAACCCCAGAAAGCACGGCGGCCGGGUCUUUUCGACACCCGGGGCCAAUGCGCUCCCCAAUGGCCAUGGUCCCGGCAGUGGUGUCGACAAUGACCCCAAUUAUGCCCCCAGCUAUACCCCCAAAUAUGCUCCCACCCCGAAUUUUAAUUUUGCUCCCGAGACGGGCGAGUUUGAACGAUGUCUAACUUGGAUGAAAACCAAUCAGGGCUACCCUCCUUACGAUCCCAACUACGGCUACGGCUACCCCGGCUACAACAUGCAGCAGGGACAGUACAUGACCCCUCCCUCGCCUCAGCCCCGUCCCGGCAUGCCAUACAACCCCGCGGCCCCCGGAUUCAUGCAGGGCCAGUACCCCGUUCAGCCGCCGCCGCAGUCGACUCCUCUCUCGCGCACUCCAUCUCAGGUGUCUGCUGACCGUCCUGGAUCGAGCCUUGGUCAACCAGCUCCGGGAACCCCAGGUGCUAGUCACGCUCACACCGGUAGCAGAUCGUCCAACAGCCCCGCGCCGAAGCCCAACUUUGUCAUCCCCGCCAAGAAGAGUGCCAUUGUCAUCAAAGAUCCUGGCAGCGGUGCUGUCAAGACUUUCGAGAAGACACCCGCUUCCCCGGCUCGCGCUACUCCCUCCCCCGUAAAGAUCUCGACGCCGCCCACAUCGACGCCGCCUCCCCGUACCGUUAACGCCGCCGAUCACUCUCGCACCGAGAGCAAGGCAAGUAGCAACAAGACCGACGAGGAGAAGAAGCAGGAGUUGAAGGACGCAGUUCGUCAGAAGAUCCAGGAGGAUGAGGCUGCCCAGAAGCGUGAGGCUGAAGAGGCUGCUCGCAAGACCGCCGAGGCUACCAAGGCUGCUGAGCCCAAGAAGGAGGAUACUGCCGAGUCUGCCCGUGCUGCUAUGGAGGACCUGAGCCUGAAGGAGAAGGCCGCCCCUGCUGAAGAGCCCAAGAAGGAGGCUGCUGCUGCUGCUCCUCCUGCUCCUACAGAUGAGGAAGAGAUCGACUUCGACGCUAUCGAGCGUGAGAUGGCCGAGAUUGAGGCCAAGGAGCGUGCUGCCGAGGAGGACUAUAAUCGCAAGAAGCAGGAGAAGAAGGAAGCUGCCGAGCGCAAGGAGCGUGAGGAACGCGAGUUCUAUGAGGCCAACAUGAAGAAGGCUGAGCAGGAGGCUGAGGAACGUGAGCUUGCCCGUGAGGCUGCUCGUGCCAAGGGCGAGACCACCAACGAUGAGUCCAAGGAUCUCUUUGCCUCUCUUAAGAAGGGCGGUUUCACUGCUACUGAAGCCUCUACCCCCGACAGUGGUGCUGCCACUCCUGUUUCGUCUGACAUGGGUCCGCCUGCUAAGCCCGCCAGCGCCACCGGCAAGAAGCCUGCUGGUCUGAAGCUCGACACCCCCAAGCCCACCGAGCCUCUGCAGCCUAGUGCUGCCAUGAAGUCUCUGCAGGGCGCGAAGUUCCUCGAAGACCUCAGCAAAAUCACAUACCCGUCCUCCAUCACCGCCCCUAACGCUGCUUUGAACGCCGCCUCUCCCGUUGGCCGUCAAUUCCACUACGACCGUGACUUCUUGCUCCAGUUCCAGGCUAUCUUCAAGGACAAGAUCUCUAUUGACUGGGAUGCUCGUGUUCGCGAGACCGUUGGCGACGCCGAGUCCUCAUCCCGUCCCCAGUCUGCUCGUACCCCCAGCAUGGGUGGCCGCGCUAACUCCCGCAAUGCCAUCGGAAGCUUCCCUGUCUCCAAUAUGGGCCAGUUCAACCAGCCGGGAGCGAACCGCCACAGUAUGACUGCCGUCAACUCCUCCAUGGGUCGCGGCGGUCCUUUCAGUAACUUCCCCGGUGGCCCCUCUCGCAUGGGCAUGGGUACUCCCUCUAUGAGCCGCAAUGCCUCCAGCAUGGGCCCCAUGUCUCCUCGCAACGCUUCCAGCAAGGGCGGCCGUGCUGGUUCCAAGCCUCACAAGCAUUCGGCCAAGAAGGAGGAGGAGCACAACAAGUCGAUGCCUCUCACUGCUGGUAUGGAUCUGAAGGCGCUGGAGGUUUCGUCUACUGGCUGGAAGCCCCGCAGCAUCGGCGCCCAAGUGAGUGCCGGCCCUGCUCCUGGUGGUGAAGGCUACCUUGCUCCCGAUGUCGUGCAGCGGAAGGUCAAGUCUCUGUUGAACAAGAUGACACCAGAGAAGUUCGACCGUAUCUCAGACCAAAUUUUAGAGAUCGUUUCUCAAUCAAAGGACGAGAGCGAUGGCCGCACUCUCCGCCAGUGCAUUCAGUUGGUGUUCGAGAAGGCUACUGAUGAGGCCCACUGGGCGCCAAUGUAUGCCAAAUUCUGCAAGCGUAUGCUUGAGAGCAUGAGCAUGGAUAUCAAGGAUGAGAAUAUCCGCGACAAGAAUGGAAACGUUGUUGCCGGUGGCAGUCUCUUCCGGAAGUACUUGCUCAACCGUUGCCAGGAAGAGUUCGAACGUGGUUGGAAGGUCAACCUGCCCGAGAAGCCCGAGGGUGUUACUGAGGAGAUCGCCAUGAUGUCCGACGAGUACUACAUCGCUGCUGCUGCCAAGCGUCGCGGUCUUGGUCUCGUCAAGUUCAUUGGUGAGCUUUACAAGCUGGGCAUGCUGACUGAGCGCAUCAUGCACGAGUGUGUUAAGAAGCUAGUGGAUUAUGAGGGCAUGCCCGAUGAGGCCGAGGUCGAGUCUUUGACCUCUCUCCUGCGCACUAUCGGUGCUAGCCUGGAUAACUCGGAGCGUGGUCAUGCCAUGAUGGAUGCCUACUUCGCUCGUAUUAAUCUUAUGGUUGAAACACCCAAUCUGCCCAGCCGUUUGCGUUUCAUGCUCUUGGAUGUCAUUGAUCUGCGUUCCAGCCGCUGGGCUUCUAAGGAUGCCGACAAGGGUCCUAAGACCAUCCAACAGAUCCGCGAGGAGGCCGCUCGCGCCCAACAAGAGGCUGAGAUGGAACGCCAGCGCCAGCAAGCCAACCGUGGUGGCGGUGGUCGUCCCCAAAUGGGUCGCGGUGAUGCUCGCGGAUUUGGCUACGGCCACCAAGCACCCCCUCCCGACUACGCCUCCAGCAAGGUCGGCAGUGACGAUCUGCGUCGUCUCCGUGCUACCCGCACCAACCAACCCCCUUCCUUCGGUGCCUCCAGCCUGCUCGGCUCACGCAGCAGCAGCGGUCGCAAGAACCUGGGGCCCGGUGGCAGCCUGCCGCACCGGCACUCCCCCGCCGGCAAGAAGGAGGACAAGGAGGCCUCCUCGUCCAUGAACGCUUUCAGCGCCCUCGCCGCCCUGGAAGACCGCGACAACAUGGCCACUUCCCCGCCCUCCAACCCCACCUCGCCGGCUCUUACCAAGUCACAGCCCGCCAACGCCGAGCGCCGGCCCUCAAAAACACCAUCGAAGGAUGGCGAGAACGCAGCAUAG